CAAGAUGGCGGCUGUCUGACUGUCCCAAGCGAGGGUUUUCUCUACGAAAAUUGCAUGAAAUAGCAAACUUUACAUCAGUAACGCAUCAGAAUCUUCCAGCUGUUGAAAUAUCUUACUCCCUAGGUCAAAUGAACAGGGGCUGGAGAGGGCGAGGUGGACGACAUCCACGCGGAAAUCGUGGAUUCCGCGGCGGAUCAAAUCGCGGCGGUCGCGGCAGUGGUCAUGGUGGGGGAUACCCUCGUGGCGGUAGCCUCGAUGGUGGGCCCCGUGGCGAUCAUCAUCAAAGGGGCGACAGACACAGCGAUCGACCCCCGGCCCCGCCGAACCAGAGACCCCAACACGAGGGUGCUGUAGAGCCAAUGGAUAUGGCAGACUUUCAGGUCCCUGGUGCCAGCGACCCAAAUCCACCACCACAUUUCUCUCAAGACAUGCAAGGAAGAUACCCUCAGCACCCAUCUGAGGAGGAUGUUCCAGACUAUCAGUGGCCCCCUCCUGACCACCAGUGGCCGCCGGGGGACGAUACGCAGCCGGAUCCUCCUGAGGAAGGCUUUGACCAACACCCGCCUCCUGUGUCUCCCUUCGGUGGAGCGUCUGAUCAAGAUGAUCACAGGGUGCCCGUGGAGCUGCCCCCUCAUGAGCCGAUCGACAUGUUCCAAGCGGGUCCCUCUGACAGGCACUCCCGACAGUCUCCUGGCCUGGACCAAAGUAACCGGAGCGCUGGUAGUCGGAGGUCACAGUCGCCUGGGCGCGACGAUGGCCAUCCGCCUCUGUAUGAUGAGGGCAUCCACGGGAGUAUGCAAGAUCACCACUUAAAUGAGUCGACCCCACAGGUUGGUCCUUAUGUGCCAGAUGCUGAGUCCCUUCGCAUCACUGUUGGCAAUGAGCACUACUUCAGUGCUAGGGCUCCCCUGGAUCAGAAGUCAUCUGCAUUGGACAGGCUUGGGCCGGUGGGCGACAGACAGCCACUGGGUCCUCACAACUAUGGCCAGCAGCAGCGACAGUCGAGCUUGGAAAGGGAAGAGCGGUACAGAGAACUUCCUGCCAACCCAGGUGCUGACCGCAUUCAUCGCAGUCGCAGCAGCUCUCUAGAAAAGCCAAGAUUGGAUCCUUCCGCCCCUUCUCCCAGAGAUAACGGCAAGGAAAAGGAGAUAGAUUACGAGCAUCGGCGGAGCCGGUACGACCGAGAAAGGGAUGACAGGAGAGAGGGUGGAGAGAGAGGCCAGUACAGGUCACGGCCAGACGACCAGUGGAAGGAAAAAGAAAGAGAGAGAGACAGAGCGAGGGAUGCUGACAGAAAUUGGCGGGAUGAGAAACUCAAGGAGGCGGCCAGACCUCGAGAUCCACGCCGAGAUAAAGAUUUCCUGGCUGAAAGAAGCAAAAAAACACCUUCUCCUUUGCCGCCAAGCGAUGUUCCUCCGCUCUACCAUUUCCUUGGUAAAAACGAGUCAAAGAAGCAGAGCUCUGAAAAGGAUGAGGACAAGAAACGUUCUCAACGACCUGGCAUACCCAUGCCAACUAAGUCCAGACAUGCAUCGUCUUCGGCGUCGUCUCAAGUGAAUCAAACCAAAACAAUCGAGAGUGCACCUGAUGUGGCGGAACCGCCCAAAGCCCUGAAGUCAAUCUUGAAGAAGUCAAUUCUGAAGAAAUCAAUUCUGAAGAAAGUGGCCCCAGAAGAAAGUAACGCCGCAGCGGGUACUCCGAUUCAGGAGUCCCCGCAGAACACAGCUGGCCGGUCCCCUGCCACCGCCCCUCACCAGUCCCCCGGCAAUGUUCUCCGGCAGUCUCCUGUUGCUGCACAAGCACAGCCAUCUGAGUCUCCCCAUCAGGAACGUGCACCCGAACCGACUCGGUCACCAGUACCUCCUCAACUGGAGCCAUUACCUGUGUAUAGCCAACCAGACCUGGCAUCCGUAACUCCUCAGCUUCAUCAACAGGCACCCCUGGAUCAGCAAGCGCGGCAGCUUCAGGAGCCUCCCAGGAGUGCUGCUGAUAUCCCAGGCGCCGCAGCUCCGCCGAUUGACUUGUCUGCAGAGAAGAUAAGCAGCUUGUUGAGUAGUCUGACUGGCCUGUACCAAAGAGCAGCACCCUCUGCUCCCGUUGCCAGUCAGAGUGACAGUGCUGGGUAUCAGCAGCAGAUGCAGGUUGCGAAGCAACCCAUGCAGCAGACAGUUUUGCAGCCUGUUCAACAGUCGGUACCACAGCCUGCCGUGUUCAGUCAGGCAUCUUCUCAAGCGCCAAUGCCGCAGCAGCUGUAUCCUGCCAGUUCCCAGCAGAUCCCACAGGACUUGUUUCAGCAGGCCAACCCUGUAGUAUCUCAACAAAUGCACCCUUUGGUCCCCCAGCCGGUAACACCCGCAUCAAUGCAUCAAUUUACUCCUGUUGCAUCACAGCAGAUGUUUCCUUCAGGGACUCAUCAGGUGCAUCCAGUCUUGUCACUCCAGACACAUACCACUGUGACGUCACAGCAGCCUUACCCUACCGUCUCCCAGCAAGUCUUUACCCCUAGCACUGGGCAGUCAUACCCAGUAUUUUCACAGCAGUCCACUACUCCAUCGCUGGCUUUAGAUGACGUUACUGCCAGUAAGAUCAGGGAGCUUGCCCAGAGUCUUGGUCAGACCGCUGGUACAACAAGCUCCCAGCCCAGCAUCCCAAAGCUUUUUCCCAGUGGGGAUCUGGAGGCAAGGUCAAGCCAUCCUAUCCAGAUGCAUGCGCAGGCAGACAUUCAGCCCCAGCCAGCAACAAGAGCACAAGAACAGCCCCAGAUGCAGCAUAUCUCCUACACGCCAUCUAAAGAGGCAGGGUUAUUUGGAGCCAGUCAUUCUGACCAAUCGAAUCCCUACCGGGCCGAAUCUGCCCCACAGCCACCUGAGCUGAAGAAGCAGACACAUACCGGGUUUGUUUCUGUGGAUGAUGAGGACCGCUUCUUGUAUGGCGAUGCGGAUGAGGAAGAAAAGAGUACCCAACAACAGAAAGCUGCUCCAGCAGUCAAGCCUUCUCAACCAGAGGCCUCGGCCCCCAAAGUUGAAGUUCCAAGUGAAGAUCAGAUAAAGAACAUUCUCUCAGCUAUUGGCUUUGAUUUUAGUUUGGCACAAAAAAUCCAAGAGCAGAAGGACCAGAAAGAACAAGGGAAGGGCAAGAAAGCCUCAAAGUCAAAGGAACCAAAGAAAGUACCUAAAAAAGAUGCAGCUCACCUUCCUUCGGAGAAACUUGUAGAACCUGCACAGACGGAAGCUGCCCCUGUUAUUGAGGAUAACCUAACGGGUCUGAACAAAACAGCAUCUUUUCUGGACGAGGGUAUAAAAAUGAAGACGGAUCAAGAGUUGGACGACUUCAUCCGAGAUGCCAAAAAGAAUGUCUCGAAGCACAAGCGAGAGGUCUCCGAGAAGAGAGAUAAAACAUCUGGUUCAUCAGGAUCGCAAGAUUGCAAAACUGCAAAAUCUGAGGAAUCACAAGAAAUCGGGAAGAUCCAAACUCAUACUGGCACCCAUAGGCCGUCCACAGAAGAGAAGUAUGUCACUGAGCAAGCAGGCAUAUCAGCCCAUGGCUAUGACCAGUAUCUGCCACACGAAGUCCCAGACCAACAGUCACAUGAGGUGAAGUAUCAAGAUUCUUAUCCCAUGGCUCAGCCUCAAGAAGGGUAUUAUCAAGACACCCAAGGCCAACAACAACAACAACAACCGCGGACUGGUGCACCUCAUCAAAGCCAGCAGUACCCACCCAUCCAACAGACGGUGCAGUUUGUUAACUCCCCUCACGAUUCCAUGCUGGGGGCCAACACGACCAGAGAUAUUCCUAGUUUUCAGCCGGAGAAUAUCUUCAUUUCGGUCAACACAGCCGGGGACUCGUCAUCUGGCUCUAACCGCGUAGUCAUGCUGCCCAAAUCUGACCCAGAGAUGGAUGAGCGCCAGAGGAGAAUACUUGAAAUUGAACGGCGCUACCAACAAGGAAGAGAUGCGAAUGAGGUAAAACAGAUCAUUGAGACAGAGCGAGAGAAAGAACGGAGGCUGCGCCAGGAGGCCGAAGAGCUCAUUGAGAAGGAAAAGCAGCGCAGAAGAGAGGAACGGAAGCGUAAAGAGGAAGAAGAGCGAAGGCGUAAAGAAGAUGAAGAGAGAAAGCAAAAAGAAGAAGAACGUAGGAAAAGGGAAGAAGAACGUAAGAGAGGGAUGAAGAGCGGAAGGAGGAAAGAGGAAGAAGAGAGAAGGAGAAAAGAAGCCCAAAAAGAAAAGGAAAGAGAAUUUCAGAGGCUCUUGGAAUCAGAUUCAGUUGACACUAAAGAGCUCCGGGACAAAAUAGAUUCUCUCGAAACGGAACUUGAGAAGCUCUGCAAGAAGAAUGCAGAGAUAAAGCGCCAGAUGUACAUGACUUCAGGACACAGAGAUUCACUCUUGUCAGAUAAUAAUGCGCAGCAGGACAAGAUCUGUGAUCAGUUGAGAGCCCUUCGACGGAAGAUGAACCAGCACCGAGAGGAGGCGCAGAAAAGAAGGGAUAGUGGCGGCAAAGAAAAAAGUCACAGCAGAUCACCCGAGAGGAGGCAGUCCAGGGACAGUUCCAAAUCCUCCAAGUCUGAGCGUCUUUCCAGGGACUCCAAGGAACGUGCAGCACCCAAAGAAGUGACCAAAGAUGCCACAAGAACUUCGAGCAAGGACCGGGAAUCCACCAAAAUUUCAAAGGAAAAGAAGCCAGAUGACCGUCAGGAUGUUCAGCCUAAAGUGGAGAAGGAGGCAGAGUCCAGUGAGAAAUCUGACAAGCUGCUUCGCUUCGAGUUCACUUACUAUGACCCAGGAGAUCACUGGUGUAAACUCUGUAAUGUCCAGUCUGCCACGCUGAAUGAUUUCUUUAUCCAUCUGCAUUCGAAAAUGCACGCCAAGAACUGUGAUCCAUAUGAUCGUCCGUGGAUGCAGGAGACACUUUUGAAGACAAAGAAAAAAGCUGCUAACACCAUUGAUGCCCCCAUCAGAGGCACAGAGUUCAUGAUGCCAGUCAAUGGAUUCUUCUGCCGUCUCUGCAAGGAGUUCUUUGGGGACGGUGUCUGUGCCACGGAGCAUCUGAAGACGUCCAAACACAAUCGUGGCUAUGAGAAAUUUCUGGAGGAGAACUCUCACUAUGAGAAGCGUCUCGGCAUUGAGAAAGCAGCCCGUCGAGCGCAGAAACUGAAGUUGGCCGUGAACCAGGAGAGGGAGCAAAAGCGUAAACAGGAUGCCGGCAGCGACACGGAGGAAGAAGACGAGGUGCCACUCAAGAAAACCAAGACGGAGGACCAGGAUAUCAAGAUGGUGGGCACCAAGGGACAAAGCGGGUUUGGGAUGUUUGACUUCUCCACCAAAAGCGAGGAGCGCUGCGAGGAUAUGAAGCCCAAGGCAGAGGAUAAAACCAAGUCCGAAAACCAGUUGCAGAGCAAGCCCGAAAAGACACCACCACCACCGCCGCCAGUGGAAGCCAAACCACCCAAGCCAGUUCCGCCUCCUGCUCCUGACGUGAGCACCGCUCCAACGGCAGCUGAUAAGAAGGCAGCCCUUGCUGCCAAAAUCGCUCCCAUGGUGGGCAAGAUGAAAGGGCCCAGCAGCAGGUUCCUGUUACGUAAGACGGCGACUCCAAAGCUCCCGCAGACCAGCAAGCUGGUCCCGCAGAAUGUGUUCCCCGAUUCGUCCAAGAAGUCCUUGACCUUUGACACACUGCCUGUCGUUAAGGACAAAGAAGGCAGUGCCAAGGAGAACCUGCAAGCUGUCAAGAUGACCCCGUCCGACAUCGCCAAUGCGUUCAAGGGCAAGAGUGUGGAGGAAGAGCCACAGCCGGUGAAACCACCAACCGAAGCGAAACAAAGCGCACCAGUUCCCAAGUCAGACCCGACAGUAGCACCGAAGGACAAACCUAAAGAUUGGGCGGCUCAUUCCAAGCAAAUAGCCCAUGUCAAGCAAGCUGUAACCCAGGCCAAAGAGGCCGAUAUGUUUGGACCGGUCCUCCCUCCGCCUAAAAGGAUGUCACUUGAGGAGAUGGAUGAGGCCGACGUCUGUGUUCCCGGCAUGGAUGAUGACACGCCAACCCUGGAGGAUCGCCUUCCCAAGCCUAAGCCCCCGCCACCUGUCUCGGCUGCCUCUGUGGCACCCGCUUUAGCAUCAAUGCCUGCGUUUGCAUCAUCGACAGCUACCAACCUAUACAGCAUAUUCUACAAGCCUGAUUAAAAAGGGGAUCAUGCAGCAAGUUUUGUACGCUUCAAUACUACAUGCUGCCGUGCUGCAAGGGACAAGAACACCUUCAGUUGUACAUGAAGUUCUGGUUAAACUUAGAGGAUCGGUCUGUGUUGCAUCUUGUGCGGCAUGCAACACAGCAUGGUAAGAUCGUGGAAAGUAUCGUAUCGGAAUAGGCGGUAUGCGGGAGACCACUUCUUACCCAAGUUAUUUUUUAGUGGCCAUUGGUGCGACAAAGUGCAGUGAUUCUUUGAUUUUUAACGGUUUGCAUUUUAGGAUUUUUACCUUGGAGCCGAGUGUAGUGAAACAGCUUUAUGCCUUUACAGAGAUUAUUAGAGUUUUUUGGAACACCUGACCUUAAUGCCGAGAUUGAUUGCGUCGCUUUUGGGCAUUGCAAAGAUGACAAAAAAGUUGUCUGAUGGAGACCGGGCAGAAAUUCCUUUUCAGUAAGAGCAGCUGUAAUAGUUAAAAUCCGAGCUCACCACCGUUUCAAAUAAAUCCUGACUAGUCUGUGUUGAUGUAUUUCAGUACUGAAUCUACUCUGUACAGUGCAGUUCUUUUUCCAAUCCAUUUGGCAGCAGAGGAGGAGAGUACACUGUGCUUGGUUUCAUGUAUUUUUCUCUGUAUCUUUAACCCAAAUAGUAACCAUUUUGAUGAAUACUGUACCUUACAUGUUACAUUUCGUAGGGGGUUGGCAUUUAAAUAAAUCAAGAAAGACGUGCUGUAAAUGUAACCUCUACCAUUAUGUUCUGAUUUUAUUCGUAUAGAGUAAGCUUGGUAGGUUAAUUUUUAUGCAAUCUACUGGUAGAUCGUACACAAUAACAUGAACUGUCCGUCAAAAAGUCACAGCACAUUAACUUGUAGAUAAAAUGUAAUCAUUGGGUGACAUUUUUGAAAGUAAAAGUCCUGCAAGGUUGUAUUUCCCGUAUCAUAUUGCUGUGCUGUUUCAAAACGCCUUUAUAUACAGUACAUUGAUCUGGAUUAAAACGCUUUUUAUUAUGUGCUCAUGUUGAAAGGAGUUAAAACGUGAAGGCCAUUUUUGUUUUGAAGUUUGCACUGUAUGUAACAUUUGGCACCAUGAUCAGCGAUCAAACACUGACCAAAACGAACAAAAGAAAGAUAGUUGUGGUGCAGAGUGGGUAUAGAUUGACUACAUGUAGAUGCAUGCACAGUUCUGAUGCCAGUUCGUUGAUCCAUGGGGGUGCUAAAAGACUUUGGGGCAAGGUUUGUACACAUGAAUCCAGCGUACCUCAAAGUUGUCAUUUCACUGUAAACCUGUGUGCGCUUUUAGAAUUGACAUCAUUGUCUGCUGAGAGGGAUUCAAAUUUAGAGAGAUAUCUGCGUCAUCAACGGCAUGUAGAUUAGCUGGAAUAAAAAAAAUCAAAUGAAAACCUACGUGAAGUGGUGUACAUUCAGAGGACAAGAAGGCAUACUGUUUCAGUACUGGGUCUCUUGUUGGCUGUACAGCGCACGGCUCAUUCAGUGUGGAAUAGAAAAUAAUACAUGUACAUGUGUUGAAUAAUAUUUCAAGGCCCGCUGUUGCUUUCCUUCAAGUUUUAACACAGUGCCACUGUUUCAAUAGCUCCGUCUAAAUACUGCCUCAACAGCAACCUUUUUGUAAAAUGAAUGUCUGAACACACUAACAGCAAAAAAGAUGAGCCAAGCGUGUACGCCAGUGUUCAGAAGUUUGUCUGCGCUUAUAAAGCAGCAGUCCACGUUUGUAUUUCUCUCGUUAGCUUCAUACAGAUGACUGCUCUGAAUAGUGGGGAAGACGACGGAAACCACAUGUGAGGUGGUUAGGUUGUUAUUCCCUGUAGUUCUGAGCACCACUCCCCCACAGAUAGCUGGGUGAGUUUGACAGUGUUUGUGUGUUUUUCUGCGACAUAAGCAUCAUAAAAAUGAUCUUGAAAAUAUAUGCAGAUUCUGCAAUAAAUGACAAUAUUGACUUGGGGGAAACCCCUGAUGUUUCAGGA